AUGGCUCGCGCCUUCAUAGCAGACUCCGAUGAUGAAUCGGAGCGUGAUGCCUUUUCGCCACCACCUGCGGCCCAAGCAGAGGGGCCGCACUCGUUUGUCAGCACCGCGUCGGAGCCUGUAAGCCUGGCCACGUCGUCUACGGAUCCCGUUUUCUUUCAAGGCAUCUACUACGAACAGCAAAGUGCUGCCGCCAGAGCGCAGCAGCUUAGAGGGGUCGGAGCUGGUAGUGUGAAUCUCCCAAUGACAGCACCCACUGGGACUGAGCAAACGGACCCCGUGUCGCUGCCGUCACAGUACCCAGACGGCACGCCAUUGGUGAUUGGGGACUCGAACCGUGGCUACGCUUCCCGCGCAGUCAAAUCGGCUAUCAUGAGAGAAAAGAUGACGAGGCAAAAUACCACAAGGACCGCGGAUCCCUAUGAGUUUCCUAGCAGUGCAGAGGAGGACCGGGGUGGUGGCGCGCGCCGCGCCGGCCGGAAGACGGCGACCGGUUCGUCUGUGGCAUAUCGUGGAACUGGUGGUGUUGCCGUUGAUGAGGAGGAAAAUAUGGCACCACCUUCUCAAAAAAGGCAACGAUUGAGUCGACGCAGAAAUGAUGCCGUGGACUCCUCCAUGCCGCCUACUGCACUGCCAAUCCACAGCAGCAUCCCACCAACCAUGCCUCCUGUCAAUUUGGACGAGAAUAUCGAAGCCAAACCCGCCCAUAUAACGAGCAGUUUGAUGCCUACAGUGCCGAUGAACGAUGAUCCGUCCCUCAUCAUCAAUGCUCGCGGGCUGACGAGCAGUCAGAAGGAGCAAUAUGUUGCUGUGGAGCAGCCAGCGUCUAGUGAUUUGCAGAAUCAGGCGGAUCAACAGGAUACUUCAGAUCAGCUCCCUCUGCAAUUGAGCGCCACGUCUCAGCGCCAAAAGACACAAACAAAGAAGUCGACCUCUCGCAAGUCGAAGGCGGCAAAACAACGGCGUGGCAAGUUUCAGUCCGGAGAGGAUCUUACGAGUUUUACUCAAGUCAACACGCCAGAUGAGACGCAGGAGAGAUAUCCUACAGUAGUUUUGCCCAAUAGCGAAGAUGACGGACAUCAAGAGAAUGAUACUCAGCCAGUUAACGACCCCGAACCCCAGGCUGAGACUCGCACUAUGCCAGAUCAAGCGAUCAGAAAGAAGAGAGGAAGGCCGAAAAAGAUAGUGAAGCAAAUGAAAAAGGCUGCGACCACGCAACUGGAGGCAGCAGAGUCACAGAAACCUGCAACAGUCCCAAAGAAGAGAGGCCGGCCGAAAAAGUUCGAAACGCUCGGAGUGAAAAAGCAGGAGGUGAUUGAGGUGGAAGCGUACGAGGCACCGACCAAACCAACAGAUGGACAUAUUGCCGGGGUUGUAACGGAGACGGAGGACACCAGCGACUCCAAGGUGGAAGAAGCAGUUUCGCUCAACAACGUCAAAGUCGACGAUGGAAAGAUUUGCAAGCCUGCUCCUGGUGUAACUGCCGCAGAGACCCCACAGAAACCAGCUGGCAAGAGAACAGCAACACCACAAAUGGGCAGCGCAAGCAAGCCACUAUAUCGAAUAGGGUUGAGCAAGCGGUCAAGGAUAGCGCCGUUGCUGAAAUCCCUACCCAAGUGA